AUGAUUCAGCUCAAGUCACUCAUCAACUGCAUCGACAACUCGGGCGCCGCCAUUGUCGAGUGCGUCAAUGUCCUGCGAUCCAAGCGCCCUGCCAAAGUCGGCGACCGCAUAGUAGUCGUGGUGAAGAAACAGCGCAACUUUGGCCCUGAAACCGGCAACAGCGUAUCCAUCAGCGCAGCCAACAAGGUCCGGCGAGGAGACGUGCGCCACGCCGUCGUGGUCCGGACAGCGAAGAAGUGGCAGCGGCCCGACGGCAGCGUGGUCAAGUUCGACGACAAUGCUUGCGUGCUCAUCAACAAGGCCGGCGAGCCCAUUGGAUCCAGAGUCAGCGGGGUUGUGGCAGCAGAGCUCAGGCAGAAGCAGUGGUCCAAGAUUCUGUCGCUGGCGCCCAUGCACGUGUAG